CAUUACGUCAGCGUCAGCUGUCAGCCCGGCGCUGCCCGGCAGCAGUCGCUGCUGCUGAGGCGAGAGGCCGGCCGCCAGUUCCGGGGCGUGUGAGUCUGAGGGGAAGGCGGGCUUCGGAGAGGAGAGAGAGAGAGAGAAAGAGAGCCCUCCUCUGUAGCGUUUAUCCCAGCUGUGAAGGAGUCCACUCCACCGUGAGCCGCUUCUUUUCUCCUCCGGCCCGUCUUGCCCUUGCGAUUGGUCUUAGAGCGCUAUAUCUCAUGGAUGGACUAUAGCUCAUGGAAGAGAAAAAUCAUAUCAGAACAACCUUGGUCUCCAGGUUACCAAAGUAUGGAACAAAACCUGCUGGGAAUAUCCUACAGACGGUUUCAAAUGGAACAGCUCUUAAUUUAUCAGGGAAUACUCAGAGCAUUGAUAAAAACUUCAGCAAGCACAAUGGCACUAUUAAUAUGUCUUCCUUCUCUUUUAAUUGGAGAAAAUCAAAUAAGUACCAACUGGCUGAUAAGAUCAGUAGUGAAUCUAGCUCCCAUACAAGUUCCAAUGAAAGACUGACUGAUUCUGAAAAGUGCCCCAAGUCUGACAGAACAAUUGGUAAAGAAGAGCUCAGGUUGGGUACACAAAACUCCUUUUCCAAAACAGCAAAACAAAAUAACAUGUUUGUUUCAUCUUCAGAAGAAUUAAACCAAAAGUCUUUGCCUGGACUUUCUAGCACAGCUACAUUUACCAAAAGUACAUUGUUAGGUAGGACUUCUUAUUCGGCACUUAACGCUCCAAAAUCUCACUUAAAUGGAAUUUGUGGAAAUCGGUCAACUGUAGGGUUGCAGAAGGGUAGAGGAAAUUGUACUGCCUCAAGGAGCAGCUCAGGGGAGAGUCUGUCAAUGUCAACAGACAAUGUUAAAUCUUCUUGCGAAAAAAUGAUUAGGUCACAAAGUUUUUCACAUUCCAUUCAAAGCUCUCUCGUGCCCCCUGCAUCCUUAACCAGGUCACACUCUUUUAAUAAAGCUGUGGAUCUUACAAGGCCUUAUCAAAACCAACACCUAGCUAUUAGAACAUCUCAGAGAUCAAAUCUGUUGUCAAGAAGUUUACGGCAGCUGGAUGUGCCCAAUGGCAAUGAACCUUUAAGGUAUGGGUUUGGUAGAACAUACUCUGCUUUAGUCCCCCCUGCUUUGAAGAAACAGCAACUAUCAAAUGGAUCUGGAGAGGCACCUUCUCUCAGAUUUAGGACAGGGCGGCCUUCAUUACUGAAGCCUAGCAAUCAGCAUUUGGGUAGAAAGAUCCCUGUGGAUGGAAGUACAAGUAAAGAUACUGGGAGCUAUGCAGUAGAGGACUCAGUUUCAAUAAAUAUUGCUGGGGGUAUUGGUGCAGGUGAUUGUGAAAGAACAAAAGAGGGAGAAAGUAAUUAUUAUAAUUUUGGAGAAAGUGGUUGUAAAAUAUGCAUGGAUGGCGAUGUGGAUGAAAUAUCUAUAUCCUCCUUAUCCUCUUCUGAGAAAAAUGAUCUGAGUGAAGACUUUAGUGAUGACUUCAUAGAUUUAGAAGAUCCCAAUAGAACAAUAAAAUUCAAAGAAGAGGACAUUCCUGUUCAAGAGCUGGAGCAUGGGAGUAGAGUAUCGUUAGAAGAACAUCCGUCUCUUAAAGAACGUGAAAAAACCAACUGUAAUUCCGAUGAAUGGAGGGAUAGACACGUAUCUGCAGAUGACAAGAGUGAAAGUACAAAGCAUCCAGCUGGAAACAAUGUGAUUUCCUCUGACAUGGAUUACAGAGCUGGCUCCUCCUUUGAACUUUCUCCAUCUGAUAGCUCUGAUGGGACAUACAUGUGGGAUGAAGAAGGGUUGGAGCCCAUUGGAAGCAUCCAUCCAUGUGGAAGUUAUGAUUCUUCAGAAAUGAAUAGUAUAGAUAUCUUGAACAACCUUGAUUCAUGUGAUCUGGAAGAUGAUGAUCUUAUGCUUGAUGUCGACUUACCUGAAGAUACACCCUGUGAUAAUGUGGAUUGUGAAAACAUGAACCGUUAUGAGCGGCAAGAGCGAAAUAUCAGACAGCAGAAGGAGGGGCUGUGGAAGAGGAUGCCACAACGAUGGAGUGCUCAAGACCAUUAUCAUCUUGGGCAUCCUGACCAGUAUGCCCACAGCAAAAAUGAUCUUAACAGGAGCUGCAACUAUUUAGAUCCACCUCCUGUUGGACACCUUGAAGGCUAUGCAGCACAAAGCUUGUACCCACCUCUGAGAAGUUUCCCGCCGAACACUGUGAUGUUGGAUGAAAUGACCCUUCAGCAUAUGGUUCAAGACUGUACGGCUGUGAAAACUCAGUUAUUAAAAAUGAAAAGGAUACUUCAACAGAAUGAUGAAAAUGUGUCACUCCAUAACAUCACUCUUUCACUGCCCUCAAGCCCGGAACUGCAAGAGCCUGAACUAAUUUAUAAGACUGAAGAUUUGCUGAAUGAAAUCACUCAACUUAAGGAAGAUUUAAAGAAAAAAGAUGAUACAAUCAAGCAACUAGAGCAUCGACUUUCCACAAGGUGUAACUGCAGCAACGACAGCAAGCGGACUGAAAGGGCUAUGUGUACGUUUGCUGACAAAUUCACACAGACAUCCUGGAGAAAAAGUGCUCCUCAAAUACUACAGCCUUCCAGUCUCCUUCCCCGUUUCACAGACCUCACCCAGGGAAAACUAACAAAAAUAUCACGCAUCGCGGCCCACAAUGAACAUCUCAAUCAAGACGAUCUGCAGCAGGGUGGCCAAGAAUAUCAACAUGCUGCAAAUGGCUCCUGUGCCAGUAGCCUAGAUGAACUGAGCACUUUAAAUACACAAUUGAAUGAGAAAAAGUCAGAGGAAAAUGCACAUUCCGUCAAGAAUGUUAAAAUUAGAGAGAAACCUAAAGACCUGACUGAUAGAAAAAUGAAUACACUACAUUCUCAUCCCUCUUUUUCAUCAUCAGCUAUCAAAAUGAAUGCUCGAGGGGGGCAAACCAAACCAGUUCUAAAAACCAGUUGCUCACGGACUAACCAGGCUUUGCUGCCAAAGACUUCAAGAGCUACCAAACUCCCAAAGCAGAAUGCUUUAGUGCCUCCUUCAGUACCUGUAGCAGAAGCAGCUUCUUCGAAUAGCACCUUUGCUUCAAAAGAUCCUGAGCUGCUGCGACCAAGUAGUGCAGCACAACCACAGUCUGUAUCCAGUCAGUUUGAUUUAUGUAAUAAGAGCCAGAGAAACUCCAAACUUCGUCCUCCUGCCAUUUCCUUUAAUCCCAAGCCAGUGACAAACCCAAAAGUCAUGAUGCCUCCUGAGCAUCAGAACCCCUCAUCACAGACAAACCACUCAAGACAAACGAUGCAAGCGAAGGAAAAUAUACAGCAUCAAGAUUCAAGUGUCCAACCUGGGGAACGUUUGAGUUCUAGUCGGCAGUCCCGCCUCCCUAAACCAAAGACAUAUUGAAAGUAUAAUUUUCAUAUGCACAUUUCAAUGUCCUGUAUUAUGAAGCUGCUUAUCAUCAUCCGUUCUUCUCUUGGUCACGAUCCUUCGUCAAAAACAUAUAACUAUUAAAGACUGCAUUUCCUCUGAUUCCAACCUGUUCUGUUCUAAUCACUCUUAAUUUUGUGCCAUCUAGAAAUUCUUCAAAACAUGGUCCAUAAAGGCCUUUACCCACUAAUUGCAGUGACCCUACCUUCCUUUAAAGAUAGCUUGGCUUAAUAGUAAAGUUUGCAAUGAUAACUGGUUGCCAGACCAUUUCUAUCAGUUGGACAGGUUACUUUCUGGGAAAUCUAUUUAUAUUUAUUUGGAACACUGAAUAAUAAUAGGUGGCUAAGGCUACAGUUUUGGUUCUGAUAUAUUUAAUUAUAAAUGAUGGAGAAAUUAUACAGAGCUGGUCUUUUUUAUCUCUAUCCUCAGCCAUAAUUCUGACUCUGUAUCUCAGAAGCCUAUGCAAAAUGCUCCUAUUUAUAACAACACCCAACCCAAAACUUUCUAGAAAAAAUGUAUAUUUAGAGUUUGAGCUUUUUUUUUCCAUUUUGUUUUGGCCAGGGUGAUCUCCAGACUGCUUUUUGCUUCUUUGAUCUAUAUUCACUAUUCACAAAAUUUCACUGGGUGAAAUGGAUCUUGAUUUUAUUUAAGUAUCAGUUCAUUCAUGUCUUGUAUAUAAUCUGUAAAAUGCUCCUGUGUUCUACAGGUAUUGUGGUAUAAAAGAAACCUAAUUUUUAGGAUACAUGUCCAAAAUCCCUUUUUCAUAUAGACUCUUGUGAAAUGGUAUAUGAUGUAACUCUGGGAAUAAUGCUCCAUAUUGAAGAUUUUGACACACAUUCUUCCUUUUAGAGAUUAACUUUAUUACAACAGUAUUAAUUGAUUUCUGUUGCUCCUGUGAGUCUCAAGGAGGCAACUCGAAAUGUUUGCCAUAUGUUUUUUGUAAUAAAAGUUUUUCCUUUAAAAGCUCCAUAAAACAUGCACACAUUCUCUCUCAAUCUCUCUCCCCCCCCAUAAUAGAAAUGUUAUCUUUCAGUAAUUAAUAUUACUGAUUUUCUGAUGAGUCUUUUAGAGAUAUUCUGUACUAAGAGCCUUGCAGUCAGAUGGCACAAAGUGUAGAUAUAGGCCCACAAAUCAAGCAUGCAUUGAAGUGUUGAAAGAAAAAUAAUCCAAAACAAAGCCAAACACAAAUACCUUUUAAACAUAUAUCUAUAUCAUAUUGUGAUAUCAGCUGGAGAAAAAUUAGAAAUGGCAAUAUCAAAUGCUGUUUUUUUGUAGCGAUAAAUGAAGUUAUUGUUGAGGACACUGUGAUAGUGGGUUUGAGCCUUUGUUGGUCAACCAGUGAGAAAAGAAUUUAAUUUAGAGCAUUUGUAGCUCUGACUCUUCUUAAGUCAAACAUAGUUGCCUCUCAAAAGGGAUGUUGAAUAUAUAUAUAUAUACACACCAAAUUUAGUCCCUUAAUGAUAAGACUGAACUAGCAUUUGCUUUAUAACACCCAAGUAUCUACAUGUCAUUAAAAUUUGCAAGGAUGUGCAGUAAAGUGUUCUUAGUUGCUGCUCUCAGCUGCACAAUACUUUGCUCAUGAAUUACCAUAUGACUUGCAGAGUUCAGUUGCCUUAAAGUGAUAACUGAUGGGAUAACGUGACAGCUAAGUUUUAUAAUGUACAGCUGUUUUCUAUUGUAGCGGUACUUCUACAAAUCUUGGAUAUCAGUGAGAUACAGACCAACUUACUGAUUCAUGUAGCGUAACUAGGGCUGACUAAACCGAACUCUUUAUACUGAGUAUGUCUGUAUAGAUGUGAUAGACUACUUGUUUAGAGCAUGCAGUUCUGCCUUAGAUGUUAUGGCAGCUAUUGUAUCAUUUUAAGUA